GCGGUGAACAGCUGCCAGACACGCGUCACUCCGUGCUGAAGAUGGCUGCGGUCGAGCGAACCCCUGUCAGGGAAGGAAUCCGGAUAGUUUCGCUCUGUGUGUGUUGGUAUACAGUCAGCUCCGGGGGCAACGUCGUCAAUAAAAUCAUCCUUAAUGGAUUCCCGUAUCCCGUCACGGUGUCUCUUUUUCACAUUCUUUCUAUCAUUGCUUUCCUGCCGCCGUUGUUGCGGACAUGGGGAGUCCCCAAAACAGAACUACCGAGCAGGUACUACCGCUGGUACAUCCUGCCUUUAGCUUUUGGGAAAUACUUCGCAUCAGUGUCGGCUCAUUUCAGCAUAUGGAAAGUGCCAGUUUCCUAUGCGCACACCGUCAAAGCUACAAUGCCAAUAUGGGUUGUGUUGUUAUCAAGAUUGAUCAUGCGGGAAAAGCAAACUACAAAGGUGUAUAUAUCUCUGGUUCCCAUCAUUGGCGGAGUCCUGCUGGCCACAGUGACUGAGCUUUCCUUUGAUGUUUCAGGCCUCAUCAGUGCCCUGGCUGCCACGCUUUGCUUCUCUCUGCAAAACAUCUACUCCAAAAAGGUGUUGCGUGACACGAGGGUGCAUCACCUGAGGUUACUCAACAUCCUGGGCUUCAAUGCUGUGAUCUUCAUGCUGCCAACUUGGAUUCUGGUGGACCUCUCUGUGUUCCUUGUGAAUGGAGACUUGUCGGACAUAUCAGGAUCGACUCGGACCCUCACCCUCCUGCUCAUCAGCGGCUUCUGCAACUUUGCUCAGAAUGUUAUCGCCUUCAGUGUGCUCAACCUCGUCAGCCCACUCAGCUACGCAGUGGCCAAUGCCACCAAGAGGAUCAUGGUCAUCAGCAUCUCACUGUUAAUGCUGCGUAAUCCCGUCACCCUCACCAACAUCCUGGGUAUGAUGACGGCCAUCGUCGGGGUCUUCCUCUAUAACAAGGCCAAGUAUGACGCUAACCAGCAGAAGCAGCUGUUGCCCAGCCACAAGCAGGACUUGUCCUUUGACAACCCAGCACUGGAUAAGAUCCAAGCCAACGGGUCAGUGCCUUUCUCCCACAGUUCAGAGCUUCAGCACAGCCGGAACAACGUGUUGACCGACUACUUCCAGUACAGCCGGCAAACGUACACGACAAACUACGGCAACAACCACCAGUAUGUGGUCUAAAGGACGGGUCACUGCCCUGCACAGUACUGUGUUGGUGCUGUCACUGCAGCAGUUUCUUCAAAUCGGCCAUUUCAGUGACUGAAGUGCUGUUUUUGGAACGGGGAAAUGACAGGAGCAGAGGAAGGGCCUGUGACUUGACCUCUCCCAUGUCCCACUCUGCCUAAAACUUCAGCUUCACUUGUUUAUUAUUUUGGUACAGACUAUGUCGGCUGGUAUGUGAGAAAACAACAUGCAUAUCGACCAUUCUGAGACUUUUUGGUGAGUGAUUAAGCCAUGAUCUGGGAACACUGGAGUGUACCACACCAGGAUGCAAAUAAGGAAGGACGUGCACCUCACUGUCUGCCUCACUUUGCUUUUCAUGUCCAACCAUCAGUUUUGUUCAGAAGUACUGAGUAUUUAUGUGAACGCUUCACUGGCACCAGAACAAGAGUGUCUCACGCUUUGUAAUGAAGGAUAUUUUGGAGGGAGUGCCUUAACCCUGUGGUUUAGGCUUUUUUUUUUUUUUUUUUUUUUUUCUUCCAUUCUCUUUUUUCAUUGUCUUCUUUCUUUAUGAGGCACUUGUAAUAUAGUGAACAAAUUCUUGUUGUUGUUGGGGUGGGGGAAUCCUCAUAGGGAAAAAGUAGUUUUGUUACAUUAGUGCAAACUGUUGUCAGGUAUUGUUUUAAGUAAAUGCUAAAGUACAAACAAGAAUUUUGCUGCUAAAGCUUCAUUCUUUUUCUCAGCCUGCAUUAAGUUUCCACUUGUCAUUGUUCGAGGAGGUACAACAUUUCACUUUAAUUUGAAUUAUUACAAGUGCCUGACAAACAUUUCAAAAUCUGUGAUGGGUCAGCAGUCCUGCUCUUAGAAAACAUCUGCCCCCCACUGUCCACAUCAGCAAACACAGCUGAUUAAUUGACGUGAAUGUUUCCUAGGUCUUGAUUGGCUGAGCACACCUGAGUUAAUUUAGUUAGCACUGGGUGGAAGUGGCCAGGUGGUCUCCAGGAGCCUGACUGGUCUACAUAUUCAUUGUGCUGCUCAUUUUGAUCAGUGGAGUCAUGACAGUGCAUCCAACUACCAUUGAAAUCAUUAUUGAAAACACGUGGACUUCAGUCUAAUUGUAAAUGGAUUCCAAAAACAAACCCGAGACUGGUUCUGUUGUCUAGAAUUAUCAGUGACCUAUAUAUACACACAUCCAAAAAGAAAAAAAAAAAGUCUUUCAUAGAGUAAUCGUAUCCAUGUAAUAUUCUACAAAACCAUUCUAUAGCUAUGUGCAUAGUAAUGAUUAAUGGGCACGGGUUGCAUAAGUUCCUUUUGACGAUUUGACAGAAAAAAAUGUCCCAGUCUGACAAGUUUAUCUCCUCUGGUGGGUGAUUUUUGGGCAUUGAACCAAAGCAGUUCUGUCACAUUUAUAUCUGAAGUAGAGGUCUGUCAUACGUUUGCACCUUCUGAAACAACAAAAUGUGUUUUGCAGGUUUAACUGUACUGUUAAUUGUCUUUUGGUUAUAGACUUCAUGGGUUGUAUGAGUCGACUCGUGUGAAAUCACAGGAAUACUUUGUGCAAUUAAAGAUUAAAUUGUAAUAGCAGGUGGAUAUCAGACUUGAUUCUUGUCAGAAAGCAUGUAAUAGAUAAUUUAUUAUGAAGGAAACAUCUUCUCAGUGCUUGAACUGUUUCAUUUAGAAAAUAUCAGUCAUUUGCUUUUGACUUUGCAGCAUAGACUGCUGUCUUUGCACAGUUUUCAUGACUUUAU